AUGGCGCUAAAUAACGGCGCUGCCAUUGCGGGCUCACUCUCCAGUUCUUCUUUCACACAGUACCCAAACAGCUAUGCCUCCGCGACGGUUCAACCUCCUCUACCAAGAAAAGACCACGCGAUCAUCACCGAUUCGGUCGAAGGCGCCACAAUAGACGACUACAUCGACGGCCUUGAAACUCUCACAGACGCGAGCAACAUAAAGUUUAUAUCCAAAAUCUCUGGCAAUCGAGUGUGUGUCUAUCUCAUCAACUCCAGCCUAGUAGAAACCUUGUCUGAUAAAACAUUCACCGUGAAAGACACCAAUCUCAAAAUCAGGCCCCUCGUCGGAAAAAACAAAAGGGUAGUUAUCUCGAAUGUCUGUCCGAUAAUUCCGCAUGACCUAUUAUUGAACUGCCUCAAAGAAAGAGGAAUCACACCAGUCUCGGGCAUAAGCCACAUAAGAGCAGGUCUCUCUAAACCAGGAAGGUCGCACAUUCUUUCGUUCAGAAGACAGAUAUAUAUCAAGGAAGAAGAAGUAAAUUUGCUUCCCGAAUCUGUACAGCUCACCUACGACAACACUACCUAUUGGAUUUAUUUCAGUACCGACUCAAUGUGCUGCUUUGUUUGCAAAGAAAGCGGGCACACAGCUAAACUAUGCCCAAGUCUACCUACCACUGCUACUACUCCUACCACUUCUUCUACGACGCUACCAACUGUUCAAACCAAGCCGACUAAGAAUGACAACGCAAACACUUUAGCACCGAAUGUUACCACCUUCAACAAACCUUCUGCUCAAAAAAGCCCUCCUCCUUCAACAUCUUCUUCAUCUGAGUCAUCUUUCCCACAACCUGCCACUCCCACUACCGUAUUCACUGACAACGCCACUAUCGCAGCCAAUACUACCAAAAUAUUUAAAAGCCCCUCUCCAAAGAAACUAAAGAAGACCUCUCCCAAACCUGUUACUGACUCCCUUAGUGUUGAAGACCAUCUACAACCCGUGCUUGAAGCCAUCAAAGAAAAUCGAAUUUCUAUUUCCGUCCAUAUAAAUGUAUUCCAGAGCGUCUUAGAAAAAAAUUACGGGCAAAGCAACGCUCUCUCAAUUGCUCUCUCAGUCACGGACAAUAUAGAAGGCAUAAUUAACACUAUCGACGAAGUAUAUAAACUUAUCAAUAGUAGUUCAUUCAAAGGGCGUCUAACCAGGCUGAAAAAGAAACUCUCCAAAAUGAACAUCACCGGCUCGGAAUCCGAUCUUGAUACAGAAAGCGACUCUUCUCAACGCAAUACUCAAAUACUCAAAUUUCUAAAAAUGGCGAGCUCGAAGAAUAAUAGCAACUCUCAAAUAAACGCAACUGUCAACACCUCUACUGACGCCAAAACUUUGAGGCUAAUGUUCUGA